GGAAUGAUGUAAUUGUCGCAUUUGAAUGUUGCACACAACUGAAAACUAACUUUGUUGUAAAUGCAGCGUGUUUGAUACAGCUCUUGUAUUUGGUCAGAUUGGAUUGCGCAGGUGUACCUAAUCAAGUGUCCAAUGAGUGUAUUGCUUUACUGUAUUUAUGCUUGAUGUCUCCCCUCCAUCUUUUCCCUACUCUAUGUUGUAUCUUUCCUUCCCAAAAGGAAGCCAGAUGAAAUAUUCACAGGCGGCCAUGGCUUCACAGCGUGCCUCCAUUAACAGGAAGUCUGCAUUAAAUUGCUUGUUGAUUUUUCACUGCACAACUCGUACGGCUUCAGUUUCACUGUUAAAUCCUUUUUACUGGUGUUACCAUGCCACCAUCCAAUCAUAAUUGUAUUCUUAAUUAUAUGUUUAUCAUCGUAGUGGAGUAGGACUGUAUCGUAUCACAUCGAUGACCAUAGGUGACCACAAUGUAUCACGUACGACAUCUUCUGGAUUUUCUCAUUCAUCCAGUGUGCAAGUGGAUGGAGUACUGUAAGUAUUGUAAUUAAUGUAAUCAAAAUAUUAGGAUUUGCCUCUCAGAAUGAUACAAGCACAAUAAUUGACAUAUUGGUAAAUCUGACAAUAAAAAUGUGCAUUAUUAUCCACAUACAGACAUAAUUCUUGUAUGAAAUGUAAUUUAGACAGCAGCUGUGCCGAGAGAGAGGCCAGAAGCCACAAAUACAUUUUCCGCAAGCCUCCAAAGUCAACUUUAUGACUACAGAGUGAAUAUUUGUGCUUGCAAAUUUUGUAACCAAUUAAAGGACUACUAGAUUUGGUCCUACAAAUAAAACACCUUUUCUAAUGCUAGCGGUGGAAAGUAACUAAUGGCAUUUAUUCAUGUUACUGUAACUUAUUGGUUUUUGUCUAUAGUUCUUAAAAUAUGUACUUUUACUCAAGUAUGUUUUCUUUAAAGUAUUGUAGCUCUAAAUUUUUAAAUUGUAGCCGUUAUUGAGUAGAAAAAAAUGUAAAAAAAAAAAAAAAAAAGUAGUGAAAUAGUAAAUUCUACAGAAACAGGAUCUAUUUUGCAUUUGUACUUUAAUUCAUAAACAGUGUUGCUUCAUUAAAGAAAAAAUAUGCUUUGAGACUUUUUUGCCCCUUUUUACAAGUAACUUUUAUUUUGACUUAAGUAAAAAUGUUAGUAAAAUAACUGCCCUUUUACAGGAGUACAAUAUUUGUGUACUCUUUCAACUUCUGUUUAUACAGUACAUCAAAGAUUGGGGGGAAAAAAAUAGGCAUGUUAACCUGCUGAACCUGUCUUAACAUGACAAAAUGGUUAACAGUCGUCAUUUCUAUAUUAAUAUUAAAUGCACUUUCACGUACCAGUACAUAUGAGUCAAUAUGAAUAUCAUUUUAAAACAUGAGUGUAGCAAAUUGGAAGAAGCACGAAGCAAGAGCUGCUUGGUAACGCUGGGCGGGGCCUCUCUCAGAAAGUGGGCGGGGCCAUGCCCCCACCCCCCCACACGUGCCCUGCACACCGCAGCAACCAUCUUCCGCAUACCGCAGACAAGUGCGCAUGCACGCUGCGGAGCGAUGUAUCCGCUGUGCGCGCCCUCUUCCUCCCUGAUCGUCAUCAUCAUCCUCCUCCGUAUCGAUCAGACGAAGCUUCGCGAUGGUUCAAUGUCAUCCUCGUAAAGAUGUCAGCGAUGGCCGCAGAGGAGGAGAAAUGAUGAGAGGAGGUGCACCAUAGUACAUUCACUUUGGAGCUUUGCCAUCCUUGUUUUAUUUUUUGACGUCUUUUUUCCCUCCUCCUCCUCCUCUCCCUCUGUGCUUCGGUGACAUUUUGCGGGCCUGGAUGCGGUGACAGGCGGGAAUGUGUGACGACCAUGCUGGCGGUGCGGUGCUUCUUGCUCUUUGCUGCAGUGGGCGAGCGGCUGGCUGUGUCAGGCCAGGAUGGGGGUGGCACGUGGAAUGGGUCCUCCUGGUCCGGGCGGACAGAGGUCAGCGACACAGCGGCCCAGGUGACCUAUCCCAAACGCCUGGUAUGGAGGAUUGAGUCUGAGGAGGAACUGGCUCACGGGUACAUUGAUACCAGGGUGAAGAACGACACGCGACACGCCUCGCCCGUCCACUUGGCGCAAAGCUGUUUCCAGGUGGAAGCCUUCGGACGGACCUUCACGCUGGACCUGGAGCUAAACCACCACCUCCUGUCCUCGAAGUAUGUGGAGCGCCACUUUACGCAGGAUGGACGGCCCUCACAGUCCAUGGGAGGGGAACACUGCUACUACCAGGGAAGGUUAAGAGGUGUGGCAGAGUCCUGGGCCGCCCUCUCCACCUGCCAUGGACUGUGCGGGAUGUUCUCAGAUGGCAUAUUCUCGUACGGGAUUGAGCCAGUUCACAAUGACAGCAAUGAGGAAAAUAGCGCCCACCUGAUCCACAGGUUGCCUGACUUUAGGCUCUCUCCACACUGUGCAGACUGCACAGAAGACCGAGAGUGGGACCGCAGAGGAGGUGAUGAAGACAGACUGGACCAAAGUGGGGGGCAGCAGCAGGUGUCUGGGCCGCUGAGACGAUCCAAACGCUUCGCUCGCCGGCCCUCUGUGCAGACCGAGACCAAAUAUAUCGAGUUGAUGGUGGUCAACGACAACGACAUGAUUGUACAGCUGCGACGCUCCGGCAGCCAAACUAAAAACUUUGCCAAAGCGGUGGUCAACAUGGCAGAUGCGAUCUACAAGGAGCAGCUGAACACGAGGAUCGUGCUGGUCGCCAUGGAGACGUGGACCUCUAAGAACAUGGUGCAGGUGGUGGAGGACCCUCUGAGCACGCUGCAGAACUUCAUGAAGUACAGGAGGGACAACAUCAGGGAACAGAGUGACGUUGUCCAGCUUUUCUCAGGGCGCACGUUUCAGAGCGGCCGCAGCGGGACAGCCUACACGGGAGGAGUGUGCUCGCAGACGAGGGGAGGGGGCAUCAACGAGUUUGGUAAUGUUGGCGCCAUGGCCAUCACUUUGUGCCAAAGCCUGGGCCAGAACAUCGGGAUGAGGUGGAACAAUGCACGCAACUCUGCAGGAGACUGCAGGUGUCCGGACACCUGGCUAGGCUGCAUCAUGGAGGACACAGGAUACUAUCUGCCCAGAAAGUUCUCUCGCUGCAGCGUUGACGAGUACAUCCAGUUCUUGCUCCAGGGGGGCGGCAGCUGCCUCUUCAACAAGCCCAACAAGCUGCUGGACCCUCCAGAAUGUGGAAAUGGUUUUGUGGAACCAGGGGAGGAGUGUGAUUGUGGAUCCCAGGUGGAGUGCGCCCGCAGUGGAGGGGCCUGCUGUAAAAAAUGCACACUCACCCACGACGCCAUGUGCAGUAAUGGACUGUGCUGCAGUGGCUGUAAGUACGAGCAGAGAGGCGUGGUGUGUCGAGAGGCUGUCAACGACUGUGACAUCCCGGAGACAUGUACGGGAGACUCCAGCCAGUGUCCUCAUAAUGUCCACAAACUAGAUGGCUACACGUGUGAAAGCAAUCAGGGUCGCUGCUACGGCGGGCGAUGUCGGACUCGAGAUGGACAGUGCAGGGGACUCUGGGGUUUUAACUCAGCAGACAGGUUUUGUUACGACAAGCUCAACGCAGAGGGGACGGACAAAGGGAACUGUGGUCGCGGUCCCGGUGGCCAAGGCUGGCUGCAGUGCAACAAGCCGGAUGUUUUGUGCGGCUUCCUCUUCUGCGCCAACAUCACCACAAAGCCAAAAUAUGGGGACCUUCAGGGCGAGGUGACCAGCUUCACCCUCUACCACCAGAACAAGUACCUGGACUGUCGGGGCGGCCACGCUCUGCUGGAGGACGGCUCGGACCUGGGCUACGUGGAGGACGGCACCCCCUGCGGGCCCAACAUGAUGUGCUUAGAGCGACGCUGUCUCCCGGUGGCGGCCUUCAACCUCAGCACCUGCGCGGGGUCCAACUCGGGGCGCAUCUGUUCUGACCACGGGACGUGCAGCAACGAGGUGAAGUGCAUCUGCCACAGAGAUUACACCGGCAAGGACUGCAGUGUGUUCGAUCCCAUUCCUGAACCCACCGUCCUCACCGGCCCGGAGAAAAAAGAAACAUUCGGAGAGGAAGAUCUGGUGGAGGAUAAGAUGUCCGUCUUCUCUUCAUGUCCCGCCCACUCCUGUCUUCUUCUUCUUCCUGGCACGGUGUCCUUUCCCACCUUGGAGAAGAAGGGAACAGCAGCAACAACAACAAAAUGUCUUCCAGUCCUGUUCCCAUCUCUCCAGUCCUCAUCUUGUCCCCGUCCUCCCUGUCCCAUCCGCGCACCGUGCGGGACACACCGGGGUCUUCCUCCCAGCCCGGUGGCUCUGAACCUCUUCAUCAUCAUCAAUGGGAUCGAGAGUGAAGACGUCUGCACUGCCUGCCUGGACCACUGCUCAAAUAGACACAACACCGAAAGACACGACAGUCCAAGAACCCGGACUGGACUUGGAUUGGAAUGGUUGGGAAUGACUGUAAAAAAAAAGAAAAAAAGAAAAAGGCAUGCUUUCCAAAGAGAUGCUGAUGAGGGACCAACCAUCAAGUAAGACAAGAAGUCAUCACUCCUGCCUGCCAGCUCGCUGAUGACACGUUUCAGGUACCCUGAAGGAUGCUGGCAGGCUUGUAGGAACAUGAAACUGCUGAAUGGGACCAGAGGCUGUACAUUCCACUGACUCCGUCUGUCCUUUUUUCUCUUUGGAGUGCUUGCUUAUUUUUAAAAAAAAAAGAAAAGAAAAAAAAAAGAAGAAUGUGUGAACGUCACCACGGAGCUUUUUCAACGUGUCCACCACACUAAGAAGAAUGUCACCUUGCAGGACUUUAACGGAAACAUUUUCAGGAGGAUUUGUUAUUGUCUAACUAGCGAUUAGCUGCCAUCAUCACGUCUCACGGCGACCGGAACGAGGAAAAAAAAUAAUUGUCCGCAUGAGGACCACAGGAUCCUGUUGUCUCACAAAUUUAGUAGGAUUUCCUACAAAAGUGAUUUAGCGCCCAGUGGAACCUCUGAAGUCCUUCCACAAACAAAACAACACGUUUACGUCUGAAAUCGUAAACAGAAACAAUCAGUUCCAGCGCCAAACUACUGCCAUCGUGAAACAGCUGGCGUACAUGGGCGAAAACAAGUCAACCAACCUAGUCUUAACUCAUGCAACUCACUUGCUUUCGCAUGAACUCUCUUGCAAGUGUAAAAAGAAGUUCACAGUCACGUUGAAACUAAGUGAUGAGUCACUCAACUCAUUUUGUGAGUGUUCUUGACUCCCUUCUAAGUGUGAAAAGAACACGAUCCUAACUCGUGGAGGUCGCUUUCAGACAUCCUUCAUCGAGUGUAAAACAAAGCUAACGAAGUCUCAACUCAAGCAACUCCAGUUGUUCAACAGUCUUAACUCUCCUAUAAGCGUAAAAAGAAGCUAAGCAACACAAUCCUAACUCAUGGAAGUCACUUUCAGACGUUCCUAAUCGUCUUACAAGUGUAAAAAGAAGUAAAACAACAGUCUUAACUCAAGCAACUCAAGUUUUUCAACAUUUUUAGCGCUUAUAAGCGUAAAAAAUAAGUUAAAUAAGUUUUAACCAAAACAAACGGAACUCAUGGAAGUCACUUUCAGACAUUUUUAACAAUCUUAGUUAAACAGUCUGAACUCGCGCAUUGUUAUUUAAAAAAAAUAAAUAAAUAAAUAACAUUUUUAAUGCUUACAAGUGUAAAAAGAAGUUAACUGACAGUCUUAAGUCACAACUUAUUUUCGGGCAUUUUUAACAGUCUUACACAUGUAAAAAGAAGUUAAGCACUUAAUAGUAAAAGGUGAAAACAAAAAAGCACCUUUUGAUAACAAGUGAGGAUGUGUAAAAAAAAAAAAAUACAUAAAAAUAAAUGAAUAUAAAGCAAAACAGGUGCUGAGUCCUUGAAGGACUUUAGAGGUUCCACUGUAAACGAAAUGUUUACACAUUUUCAAAUGAGGAUAAAAUGAUGGUGCUUUUAGUCGACUAAAAACUGCCUUUGCAGCGUGUGUGAAGGCUUUUGCACAUUUCAUAAAAUAUCUUCUUGACUUUGGUGCAGGAAUAGGAAAGUAGUCAAGCUUUUGCUUUUUGUGUGAUUUCCUACUAAACUCUUGCGACAACGCGCCAAAAUGCUAUGCUAACGUGUCCAUCAGAGAAAAAGAGCGCUCGCCGGCUGUGUUUUCAUUUGAAUUUUUUGUAAAUAUGUGCAAGCUACGCUGAAUGUUUAAAACGCAUCGUAUGGAGAGAAGAAAAAAACAAUUCAAACGCUUGAUUUAGAUUUUUAUCUGCUUCCGGCAAAGCUAGCGUAUUUUGUUUCUCAGCACUUUUUGAGUUUUUCGGUCAACGUGUGGUCCACACUGCCAUGUUUGCGCGUGCAUGAGGAGACUCUUGGUUGAUUGGAGCUUUGCACUGUGGAAGAAAAGCUGCUAUCAAUCAUUUGAAGAAAAAAACAAACAUAUUUUUAGACACUUUUUGAAUUUAGACAAAAAUGAAACAAAAAAAAGAAGCCUUGCGGGCGGAUGGAUGCAAGUGAUGAGGAAAUAAAAUAGAAAAAUAUCAACUCUUUCCUUGUUUCUUGCUAUUAUUCUUAUUCUUCUUCUUAUUAUUGGAUGGUUGAGUUAAAAUAUAACAUCUCACUUUGAUGCUAUAAUGGCAGCUUUUUUUUUUAACUCAUAGGAACAAAAUGUGUUUGAGAGCGUUCGCCGACCACAACAUUAGGUACACCUGCACAAUCUCAAUGCACUUCUAAUCAAUCAAAUUCUAAUAAUGCUCGUUAACACGGACUUAGUAUUCAUUUUAAAUUUGCAGUACAGUUUCUAAUAUUUUGACACAUCUAUAUAUACGUAUAACCACCUCAACCACAGUAUUAGAAACACUGCAAAACUACAAUACUAAACUAAAAUAUGGAUCUACAUUACAUUUAAAACAAUCAAAUCAAAUAAGUUAACUGAAUCUAUAUUAUAUUGUGUCUAUAUAUUUAUAUA